AUGAUCGCGGUGGUGAUCGCAAUGAGCCUUUUUUCGAAAAUCUCAUUAAUCUCCAUCAAGAAAAAUAAUUCCAGAGAUCAACUGAAGUCGAAAUUCAUUAAGAAAUCGAUGACAUUGACCAACUAUGCCAGUUAUUACUUGGUGUAUGUUUUGAACAUCAUAACAAACCAAGGUGGUAACGUUGCUGUUGCCCACUUCUCAUUCCGCAUCCUUGUGGGAGUAUGGAUUCUGAUUGCCACAGUAUUAGUCAAUAGCUAUUCUGGAACUGUCGUCUCAUACCUUACCGUCCCUAAGAUGAAACCGCACAUCAACACAUUUGAAGAUUUGGCCGAUAGCAAAGAAGUCGGAAUUCUUAUUAAGGAAGAUGUUGUCAUUGGUCUCCAGAUCCUAGGAGCCAAAUCAGGAGUUUUAAAAACUUUAGCAGACCAAGCCAGGCGCAAUCCAGCAGAUCGCAUUCUAAAGGAUCAAUCAGAGAUCGACGUUCGUUUAGCAACCGGGCGUUACGCUUAUGCUUUUUUACAAACGUACUGCAAAUUUUUCGUCGCUAACCAACUUAAAAAAGAUGGCAUCUGCCGAUUCAAAGUGACGGAUCCUCUAUCAUUUCAAGCUGGAUUCUGGGUAGUUUUUCUUCAAAAGGACAGCAAAAUCACGGCGAAAAUGAACGGCGGAAUUAUACUGCUCUGGGAAAGUGGAUUACUUCCGUUCUGGGUAAAAGGCUCCAUUCCGCGAGCGCCGAAAUGUUUCUCCAAAACAAAUCAACGUUCGGUGAUGAGCCGUCAAGAUCCAAUUAUUCUAAAAGACUUGAUGAGCGCUUUCUUCAUUUUGGGCAUCGGUCUUGGCCUGGCAACCUUAGCCUUCCUUGUCGAGAAAAUAAUUUACUUUCGAAGCCGUCGCACUUCAUUGUUGAUUUUGUAG